UUCUUAGUUCCUUUGCCCAUCAAAAAAAGAAAAAUUAAAAUUCUGAAAAAUUGCUCCUAAGAGGAUACGACAUGUCGUCAACAAGUAAUACGCGUAUAUACUGAGAUAUUUGAUAAGAUAUUUUCACUUCACUGGUUCGCCAUGGCUUGCUUAUCCUGCCACUGCAUGAGCAGAGCUUUGGUUUUUGCUUCUCUUUCCAGCAAUAUUGACGACUCUCCACUUCCGCAGUCCAACACCACACGUCCUCAUAAUGACAAAGACAAGGCUCCAAUUCCCACUAUUAAAUCAAAAACCAGAACCAAACGCCGCCAUUCCAAACUCCAACAGCAGCUUGCUCUUAUCCAGAUGGAACGUGCCGUUGGCGCCGGCAGCUAUCGCGAUUCUGAACCCACGGGCUCGGACCAGAGAACAAAGGACUCUAUUUUGACGGGUCUGUCGCCGAAUUCUGGUGAUGCAUUGGAGGGACCGGUGGAGAAGCAGCUACGAGAAACAGGAGAGUGGAUUGUCGAUACAACGGAGGGACAAUUUCGUUCUUCUGGUAAAAGAAUUUUGAUGUUUUUCUUUCAGUGGGUUCUGCCGAUUUACAUUUUCAUGUUCCUAGUGACUUCAGGAAUUGUGAAGCUACCCUUCAGCACACCCCAACUUGAUGAUCUUCUCAUGUGAAAAUAUUAAAUAUCUGUUGAAAUCUAAAAUCAGAUUAUAGUUGCUUCCUCCCAGAUGAUGCUAGUGAACUAGAACAGCCCAUUUACCUUAUAAGCAUCAUCCUCUGUGUUUAAUCAAUUUGAAAUGCAAGAACAGCAGAGCACAUAGCAUCUCAGGAAAAUGGGAGCAUCAACCACCAAAAUUCUGUACCAGAAUGACAUUGUAAGUUUAGAUAAUUGAGCUAAGCAUUUAAUGUUAUACAGCUUAAUAGUAUAUCUGUAUGGAUACCACAUUUACAUGUCUAUGCUGCAAAUAAACAAGAGAUUAUGCCUUCUCCUGCUUAUGCUA